UUUAUAUGCACGAAUUAAAUCAAGGAACAUUCAGAUGCUAUCAGCUAAAACUAUUGGACAGGUUAACGAUCCUCAAUUACUACUUGGUAGUAAAGGAAAGAACAACUUAUUUGAACUGAAUAGGCAAAAAUUUUACCAAAUCUUCAAAAAGCACAGUUGGAAAAAUAUUGAUGGGAAUAAGAUAGUGACUUAUAAAGAAUUUGUAAAGAUACUGAAGCUGUUAGAUAUAUUUCCCAGAUUCAUCUCUAACUACCAGUUGAAAUCAAUCCUGGUAGCUCUUUCCGAGAGUCCUGGAUCUAACUCAACGUACAAGACUGUUGAAGUAGAGCCAAGGAGUACUUUCGGACACAAAAAAUCCAUCCCGAAAGAGUCUGUCCCAGAAUACGUAGGAUUUAAGGCUCUUGAAAUAAUUGUUUGCAAGUACAUCAAGAAGUGAAUCCAUUCAAUGAAUGUUGGGGCACAGGAGAAUUAUGGUAUAUCCUUGUUCACGAAGAAGACUAAGGUCUUCCACCAUUCGAGAUCACAGAUGAAACUACGAGUCGAACCUCAAUAUUUGAAAUAUAUCUAUGAGUCGAGGAAGAGAGUUAUGGUAGAUAGAAAAGAGAGUUUGAAGAGAGAACAUCUCCAGGGAAGCAAGCUUAACCUAGAAAUCCCCACUGCCAAUACCUUUUCAUUCUGUGAGAAUAAGGAUAUUGACCAGUCAAAGCAAGUUGUAAUGAAGGCUGGAAGUCUUAAAUUAAAGAAGAACAAUACUGAGAAGCCUAAGAAGAAGACUGAGACUACUGAUAAGAUUUUAGGAACAAAUUAUUCAACUAAAUUUAUGAAACAACAUUCAGCCAAGACUCCUCAAGCAAGGACGAAGAAUUUAAAAAUAGCUCCUUCAGUUGUGCCUGAUGUGAACAAGGAUAGUUGGUUCUCGACUCCUAAAUAAAUCAGAUACAUCAGAAGAGAACUCUUCAACACUGAUAAUUUCGUGCUCAUCAGGUAUGCAGAAAUCUAGAAAGAAAUCUCUGAAGGAUCUUCUAAGUGGCAAGAUUAAGUUUAAGAGACAUUCAAAAUAUUUCACAAAAGGUGAAAGUUCUAUUUCUAAGACAUCAACCAGCUAUUGCCAAGAUGCUACUGAAAUUAGUUCCUAUAAGUCUCCUGAUCAGAACAACAGCGUUCUGUGUAAGUAAUUCGUUAGGAGUCAUUGAAGAGGAGAUUAGGUCUUUCCAGCCAUAUUGGAAAAUUAGCCAAUCCAAAGGAAGGAAGAAAGAGAAAAGACGAAAUAAUGAUCCUCACAAGGAAAAUAAUAAUAAGACAUCCGAUGUAAAGAAAGAAUGAAGAGGGAUUAUCAGCAAUAGUAAAGCACACCACAAAAGCCAGGGUCCUUCCUUGUCUAUGAGCACAACCUUGGGUCCUAAACAAAGGGAGUUAAUGAACGCUUUGUUAUUUUUGAGGAAGAAUACCUCAAAAUAA